AUGAAUAGUAUGAACACUAGCCGAGAAUCUAAAAGUCUUGGACUAAACCCACAAGAUGCAUUUCCAGAAUGCAAAUCCUAUCCAUAUUUUCCCGGUUAUGGAAUUCCACAAAUUUUUCCACUCAAAAAAGAUGAACUCCUCUGCUUUACUGGCUCAUGCAUGUUAGCAGCAAAAGGAGAUUAUGAAGCGACCAAUGCUCUCCCAACUAAAAAUGGAGAAUCUUACGAAUAUGUAAAAUCCGAACCAAUUAAAAACGCAUUAGUGAGCCUUGGAACUGUUACAGGAAAUAUGAUUCCUCAAGAACCUGUUACCAAAGUUAAAUGUCUCUCUGAAGAUGGUUGCAGAAUUCAAGCUAUGCAUAUCCCUCCAUCAUUGUACGUUAAUUAUAAGCAAUCAUUACUCGGUAUAACAACGGAUGUAACAGUAGGAGUGAAAUCAAUAGUUUCUACUAUAAAGAAAGGGAAAUUAAAUCUUGAUUUGUACAUUUCAGGAAAAACUUAUGGCAAAACAUACGUAGAAAGCACAGCAGAUACGACAAAUGGACUUAUCGUCACACCAGAUCUCAAAAUUGUUACAUAUAAGAGAGAUAAAUAUUUUGAUUUCGCAAUUAAUCAACAACCAACUCCAAAAAAUAACCACCAAAGUAGAUCUGGUACUAUUAACAAAUCCGAUAGCUUCUAUAUAGUUACUGGAAUGAAUUUUGAUGAGAUCCAAACUUAUGUUAAUACUGAUACAGGAUCUUUAACUGCUACAGUCUCGGGCAGCAACACCUUUGAGUGGGAACCAGUGAAAGCAGGAUCUGAUGCGGAAAAUAAGACAGAAUGGUAUUAUCCAGAAAUUACGGCAACGCUUUCAACGAAAGGAGGUGCCUACACCAAAGAAAACGUCAAUCAGAAGUAUCCAGGCCACCAUGGCUUAUCUUUAACCUGGAUAAUUGUCAUUGGCGUGGGUUGCUUUGUUGUUUUAACAAUAAUUAUUGUAGUAGGUGUCAUUGUGCAUAAGAAGAUUAAACAUAUGGAUGAAGCAGCUAAAUACUCCACAAUUCCAGUGCAAUAA